GACAGAAGCUAUGGGAAGCUGAGAGUGUGAAGUAUAUCGAGUACAACACGACGGCAAGAGUAAAGUUUUCUAGAGCCAAGAAAAUAUAACAAACCAAAUCAAAUGGCGACUCAGUAUUCUGACCUUGAGAAGGCCAUUAACACCCUGGUCACAAACUUCCAUGCUGCUUCUAAGGAUAACCAGCCUACGCUGAAGGCAGAUGAGUUCAAGAACCUUCUCUCCUCACAGCUGCCAACUUUGAUCAAGUCGGAACAAGUUGGUGAAGUGAUGAAGCAAAUGGGAGUGAAAGAUGGGGAAGGCAUCAGCUUCAAAAACUUCUGGGGCCUGAUUCAGAAUUUGGCCACAACCCAGCAUGGUCUGCUGAGCCACGAGAAGCUGUCUAAAUGCACCUGCCUUUUACUAUGAGCCGCCUGCGUCAACUGCAUCUGCCACUACGAUCUGGGCUCUCUGCAUUUCUCCAGUACCACUCAUCUUCUAACAAUACUCUAACUUUACUUCCUAACCAGUUAAAUAAUGUCAACAUAAACACUAUUUGUACUUUGACAUGUCUUAACAUAAUAAUUUAGUAUUUAAAAAAAAUACAAUAUUUACUUUUUAAGAACUACAGUAAUCAUCUCUCUUCCAAUCAAGUAAACCUUAAUGUGCAUACAAGUUAAACUUACUACUUCUUAUACCACAACCGAACUGGAGUUUUCAUUUGUUACUGGAGUUACAUCUUCCCACACAAUGCAUUUAACUUGAAUGUGUUUUUUUUUCCAGCCUUGUUAUAUAAAAGUGUACACACUACAUUUAAACUAACUGGCAUAAUAGUUUAUGAUAUGUGUAUUUUAAAACACAGAUAUGUACUUAGUGGUUUUAGCGGACAACUACUAAAAAUCAUUUAUUUAUAUUUUUUGAUACUGUUUUAUGGCUAAAAUCAAUAAAACCAUGACUUAUUGUUUAAUAAAAUUCACA